AAUAGGCAGCUGCUCCCAUGUAGCAGGCACUCGAGCAACACCUGCCCUCACCACGGGACACACGGAGACUCACACAGAGGAAUUAGCAAUCACCAGCAACCUAGUAGACUGCCUUUUUUUGUAGUCUGAACACAACAUGUUUUCAAUUGAAUGCAAGUCAUGUCAUGUAAAUGGCUAUUCCCAUUUUUCUACUUGCAAUGGCGAAACUAAAGUUUGUGAUAGCAAAUAUGACAGCUGCGGAUCUUUAUAUUUAGUGGAAAAAAAAGCACCCUCAGAGAAUAUGUUUCACUAUCAGACUGGGUGCUGGGAAAGCAAGAAUUGUAAUAAGACUAUGACGGCAACAUCAUUAGGAAUUGAAAUUAUGAAAGCAAGUUAUUGCUGUAAUACCGACAACUGCACCCCACUAGAACCAGCCAUUGCCAGCAUCAUGAAACCGAAGAAUUCCACCAGGAAUGGAGUCCUCUGCCCUGCCUGUUAUAAAAAUGAUUUCAAAAAGGCUGUCUGUCCAUCUAAUGCUUCCAUGGCCUGCACAGGGGAUGAGACAACGUGCAUUGCUGUUAAUCACACUACUUUUGUAUCAAAGGGCUGUGGGACUCCUGGUGUUUGCCAGUUUUUUGGUAAUUUACACUAUGAAUUUAAAGAAAUAGACAAAGCUUCUCCUCUCAGUGUGGUAAAUUCCCUGCUUUGUCCAGUUUACCAUUCUGUCACAGAUGCAAGUUACAUCUACCCAGUGCACUGUGAAAACGGAGAAGAUGUGUGUCUAACAGAAAAACUAUGGACCAUCAAUGAUAAAAGGAAUACAUUUGAACUUAUAAGAAGAUGUGGAAAAGCUGCAGAGUGCAGCCGAGUCGGUACUUAUAGCAGCAGCACCAAACGGUUUGCCAUCAAUACUACCUGCUGUAACUCCAGUAUGUGCCUCCCUCCUAUCCCCAUGUUUCCCCUCCAAACAGCUACUGAAAAUGGACUGGCCUGUCCAACAUGCUUUGCAUCAAAUUCCAGACGAUGUACAGAAGAAGACCCAUUGAAAUGUGUUGGGAAUGAGAAUCGCUGCAUCCGCUAUGUAAAAAAUGAAUAUUAUGAAAAAGAUUGGCAAAUUCAUUGUUUUGCUGGAUGUACCACAGAGAGUAUCUGCAGACUUGGAUCAUCAAGAAACAAAUUUUUGUUUUUGACCAAUCAAACUUUCAAAACGAUAACAAUGGACAUGACGUGCAGCGGCAGUAUGGGACUGAAUGUUCCCUUCUCCCUGGUUAUUAUAUUAGUAGGUCUAAGGAUAAUAAUGGGUGUCUUGUAAACAAUCUCUCUAACCUACAAUAGGAAUUCUAUGUGUAGCUCUGUCCUUCUGUCUCUAUAGAAAUGCACAUCUCUUCUACUGAAUAAUAACGUAAAUGUUUCAUUGCAUUUGCUCUGUUUUUGUUUUUACAUUUUCAUUUUUCCUACAUGAGGGAGUGUUUUAUUGUAAUUGAGGGAAUGUUGGGUUGUGAUUGCCGACUGGGAAAUUCUGUAUAAACUACGUGCAGUAUCACACACAGGAGAGUUUUACUCCAUUAUUUUGUGGUGAUUCCUAAUGCAACUUGCAGAUACUUCUAACAACUAUAUACAUCUGAAACCAGAUAUAGAACAAGUUAUAAUGCUCUGAUUGACAAAAGGAUGAUCUGUUUAUAUUGAUAAGGAUAUGGAUAACCCAUAUAUUCUAAAGUGACUUACUGAAGCACUAAUAUACCUGAUGAUUAGGCAGCAAUUUACUGUUCAGAAAUUACAAGAACAAUAAUUAUAUGUGACUACAAAAUGAUUACAUUGGGUCAUACUGUAUGAUACAAUGAAGAAUUUGGACAACAAACAAAAAACAACUUGCCCCUUUAGGACAGUCUUACAAAGUUAAAUAGUUUCUUUAGGCAUUUGGGCUGAAAUCCAUUAAAUUUAGCUUCAAAUAAUCCCCAGUGCAUAUAUAUAUAUAUAUAUAAUUUUUUUUUUUUUUCCUGAUGAUGAUCCUGUGGGAAUCAAAAUGCGUAGAUAUGGGUAUGGAAUAAAGCAUUAUA